UACUGAUCCACCCACAGCCCCGCCAGCCAAGAAGCCUUGUGAGUUGUGAAAGGUUCUUCAUUUGUGUGAAGAGUGCGUGGAAGUGAGGAUCGGGAGAGCGUGCCGCGCAGGUCCAAACAAUGGUGUACCCCGCUCAGAGGAACCGAGAGAUGAAGUACCAGGGAACACAGCUGUUUUAUGCUGACUGAUGCCAACCGCAUUCUCCUUUUGCCACAGAACGUGGAACCAUGGGAAACGCAGAAAGUCAAAAUGUAGAGCAAGCUUUGUACGGCAAAGACCACCCCAGCUUGGGCCGCAAGCACACGUCGCGCUCGCUCCGCAUCUCGAAUAAGGCUUCCCGCCGGACCCGCCAUGCCUCUUCUGGAAAGCCGGUGCACAGGAAUUCCGAGGUCAGCAACAGAUCGAGCAGCACGCCGAGCAUCCCGCAGUCUUUAGCUGAAAAUGGCAUGGAGCCUUACUCCCAAGAUGCCAACCUGGAUGACAUGGAUGGCCACGGUUGGAUGGAUAUGGGCCUGAGGCCCGUGUCGUAUCACACAGAUUCUUCAGUAACCCCCAGUUUAAAUAGCAGCACCGUCCUAACGGCAGCCUCCGUGCAGAGCAUUCAGGACUCAGAGGAGAGUAGACUCUACGGAGAGGACGUUGCUUAUUACACGGAGGGCAAUGGCCGGUCCCAGCUGUAUCCAUUAAACGGGCCACACCUCUUGGACACCGUGAGUUUCAAGAAAAAGAGAUCUAAAUCCGCCGACAUAUGGCGAGAGGAUAGCUUGGAGUUCUCGCUCUCUGACCUGAGCCAAGAACACUUGACUAGCACGGAAGAAAUCUUAUGCUCCACCGAGGAGAAGGAUUGUGAGGAAACCAGGAGGACCGAGGCAGGCGAUUGCCCCAAGAAACUGGACUCCAGCCAACGUGCCAAUUCUUUAACAGACUUGUACCCCCCGAAGAGCCAGCACGCGUCCGUCAAUGGCAAUCCCAGGAAUAAGUUCAUGAUCUAUUGUCGGAAUCUAGUGUCUCACUCCCCGGAAUCUGCAAAAUACAAAAUGGUGCCCGCGUCUACCGAGGAAGGCCCCUCAUACAACAGUUAUAACACCCUUCCGUGCAGAAAGUCCCACUGCCUCUCCGAAGGGGCCACAAACCUAAAGCUGAGCCACAGCAAUAGCAUGCAUGGCAGACGGGCAAAGACGACUCAGGAUGUCAACACUGGUGGGGAAGGAAGUGAGUUUACAGAUAGCGGCAUUGAGGCGACGGCCACGGACACGGACAUUAUGUCCAGGAGAUCAAACGCCACGACGUCCAGCUACUCUCCCGCCGCGAGCCGGGCCUUUAUCGGGAGCGACAGCGGCAGCAGCUCCGGGGAUGUCCUCCGCCAGGGGGUCUACGAGAACUUCCGCCGGGAGCUGGAGAUGAGCAGCGCCAGCCGAGACCACUUGGAGGAGGCCAAUUCAGCCCUGAGCGACGAGCAAAGCAGCGGCACCUUAAGCUCCCCGGGGCAGUCCGACAUCCUCCUCACCGCCGCCCAGGGGACCGUGCGCAAAGCCGGGGCGCUGGCCGUCAAAAACUUCCUCGUCCAUAAGAAGAACAAGAAAGUGGAGUCCGCCACCCGCAGAAAGUGGAAGCAUUACUGGGUGUCUUUAAAAGGUUGCACGCUGUUCUUCUACGAGAGCGACAGCCGAUCUGGAAUCGACAACAACAGUAUCCCAAAACACGCCGUGUGGGUGGAAAACAGCAUCGUCCAGGCCGUGCCCGAACACCCCAAGAAAGACUUUGUCUUCUGCCUCAGCAAUUCCCUCGGAGACGCCUUCCUGUUCCAGACGAACAGCCAGACUGAGCUGGAGAACUGGAUCACCGCCAUUCACUCCGCCUGCGCCACCACGGUGGCGAGACAGCACCAUAAAGAGGACACGGUGAAACUCUUAAAGUCUGAGAUCAAGAAACUGGAACAGAAGAUCGAUAUGGACGAGAAAAUGAAGAAAAUGGGUGAAAUGCAGCUUUCGUCUGUCACCGACGCGAAGAAAAAGAAAACUAUUUUGGAUCAGAUCUUUGUCUGGGAGCAGAACCUCGAGCAGUUUCAGAUGGACCUGUUCAGGUAUCGCUGUUACCUGGCCAGUCUCCAAGGCGGGGAGCUACCCAACCCCAAACGACUUCUCGCCUUUGCAAGUCGACCAACUAAAGUUGCCAUGGGCCGCUUGGGCAUCUUCUCGGUCUCUUCUUUUCAUGCUCUGGUGGCGGCCCGCACCGGCGAGUCUGGCGUGAGGAGGCGAACGCAGGCAAUGUCCAGAUCCGCCAGCAAGAGGAGGAGCAGGUUCUCUUCCCUCUGGGGCCUGGACACGUCGUCAAAGAAAAAACAAGGGCGGCCCAGCAUUAACCAGGUCUUUAAUGAUGGUCCUGAGUCAGUCAAAAAGUCUCUGGAAGGGAUAUUUGAUGAGUCCAUGUCAGAAGACAAGAAGGAGAAAGAGGUCGUACUGACCAGCGUCCACCCGCACAACCCCGACGCGGACAUGUGGGUGCACGAUUACCUGACUCCUUCCUGGGUCUGCUUGCCAAACGACCAGCCCGUUCUCAUCGUAAUUCAUCCCGAGGACACCGCAAAGGAUGCCUUAGAAAUUAUUUGCAAGACUCAUCAGCUGGAUUAUUCGGCCCAUUAUCUCCGACUGAAAUUCCUGACUGACAGCCAGAUCCAACACUACGUUCCCAAACCGGAAGAGGAGAUCUACGAGCUGCUUUAUAAAGAAAUUGAAAUAUGUCCAAAAAACAUUAAGAAAAUGAAACUGGAGAAGAGCGACCAUUGCUUAGAAAACUUUGGCUUCUCGGUCUCUUUGGUUGAAGAAGAAGGUAGACUUCACCUUUAUGUGAGCAGCGUGAAGAAAUCCGGCUUGGCAUUUAGGAAGGGUCUCAAGGUGGGAGACGAGAUCAUGGAGAUUAACAAAGCCACUGCCCGGGACAUCAACUCUGCGAUGCUGAAACACGUCCUCUCCAAGCCGUUUCUGUGCCUUACGCUCCGCACCAGCCCGGAGGGGCAAGAAGACGAUGGCCUUUUAGAGGCUCUGCCACGACGCUCGGAUGCGGAUUACAAUGACCUCCUUCUUCUCAACCCUGGUCGAGGAUUUGCCGCAGUUUGCAGCGAGACGAGCAGCUGCAACGAGACGGCUCCGGAGGAGAUAGAAGUUCAGUUGGAAACGUCUGACGAGAGCGACGCAAUAAACAAAAGCACGGAGCAGGUAGCCGCGUUCUGUCGCAGCCUGCAUGAGAUGAAUCCGUCCGAUCCCUGCCCGACUCCUCCGGAAUCCUCGGGACCCCAGCCGGCGACCAUGAGGCAGCUCACCGACGCCGACAAACUGCGCAAGGUCAUCUGCGAGCUGCUCGAGACGGAACGCACCUAUGUCAAGGAUCUCAACUGUCUCAUGGAGCGGUACCUGAAACCAUUACAGAAGGAGACGUUUCUCACGGAGGACGAGCUUGAUGUCCUGUUUGGGAAUUUAACAGAGAUGGUGGAAUUCCAGGUGGAGUUCCUGAAAACCCUCGAAGAUGGAGUGAGGCUGGUGCCGGACCUGGAAAAACUGGAAAAAGUAGAGCAAUUCAAGAAAGUUUUGUUUUCGUUGGGAGGAUCGUUCCUGUAUUACGCCGACCGAUUCAAACUCUACAGCGCUUUUUGUGCCAGCCACACGAAAGUCCCAAAAGUGCUGGUUAAAGCCAAGACAGAUCUCAGUUUCAAAGCGUUCCUUGAUGCUCAGAACCCCAGGCAGCAACAUUCGGCGACUCUGGAAUCGUACCUGAUUAAACCCAUCCAGCGCAUCCUGAAAUACCCUCUGCUCCUGAAGGAGCUCUACUCUCUGACCGACGCGGAGAGCGAGGAGCACUACCACCUUGAUGUGGCUAUUAAGACAAUGAACAAAGUAGCGAGUCACAUUAAUGAGAUGCAGAAGAUUCACGAGGAGUAUGGAGCCGUGUUUGAUCAGCUUAUAGCCGAGCAGACCGGAGAGAUAAAAGAGGUGGCCGACUUGUCUAUGGGAGAUUUACUUUUGCACAACACAGUGGUCUGGCUUAACCCUCCAGCAUCACUGGGGAAAUGGAAGAAGGAUCCUGAACUGGCAACGUUUGUUUUUAAGACGGCUGUAGUCUUGGUUUACAAGGACAGCUCCAAGCAGAAGAAGAAGCUGGGUGGAUCUCACCGAGCAUCGAUGUUUGAGGAUCGCGACCCUUUUCGCUUCCGGCACAUGAUUCCGACUGAAGCUCUGCAGAUUCGAGCCAUGACGACAUCGGAUGCUGAAACCAACUCGGUCUGUGAAAUUGUUCAUGUGAAAUCUGAAUCGGAGGGCAGACCGGAGAGAGUGUUUCAUUUGUGCUGCAGUUCCCCGGUGGGAAAGAAGGAGUUCCUUCGGGCGGUGCACUCGGUUCUACGCGACAAGCACAGAAGACAAUUGCUUAAGACGGAAAGUUUACCCAGCUCCCAGCAGUACGUUCCUUUUGGAGGGAAGCGGCUGUGUGCGUUGAAGGGAGCCCGGCCGGCGAUGAACAGAGCAGUUUCUGCUCCCAGCCGAUCUCUCGCAAGAAGACGCCGCUUGGUCAGAAACAGGUUCACCAUAGAUGCAGACAGUGUCUUCACAACCAGUCCCGACAAGGACUUCGAGCCAGAGACCGAACCCAAACCUCCGCAGCAGACGGGGAGCAGCGGCGACACGGAUCGCUGGGUGGAGGAACAGUUCGAUCUUGCGCAGUACGAAGAACAGGAGGACGUUAAAGAAACCGACAUCCUCAGCAGCGAUGACGAAUAUUGCGAGUCGAUUAAGGGUGGCUCCAUGGAGAAGGAUCUGAGCGAGGAACUUGAGGCCACUUCUAUCUCCGGCCACCCGGCUGGAAGCAAAGCUCACAACGCGAUGAGUUCGCACGCGUCCCGAAUGACUCAGCUGAAGAAACAAACGGCCUUUUCUGGGAUGAACGGUAGCAUUGAAAGCAACGCCGAGGAAGUCAUAUGGGUGAAACGUGAAGACUUUGUACCCACCAGAAAAUUAAAUACAGAAAUCUGAAGAGAUCACUUAGAAAA